GCUUGUCUAACACAGAAGGAAGACUGGACUGCAAACACUGCAAUUUGCUCAGACCUAUAAGUCAACUAUUCAACCACAAGGAUGCUGUAUGUGUGCCUCUGGAUAUCCCUAUGCCUGUGCAGGAUGGGGCUAUGCAACAUCCUACAGGAGAAGCAGAUCGAUUUCGGACUGCGAGUCUUCUCUGAGGUUUCCCGUUCCUCCCCCGACCAGAACAUUGCUUUCUCCCCGUAUGGCAUCUCGAGUGUCCUGGGGAUGGCCCAGCUCGGAGCUUACGGCAGCACACUGAGGGCUCUGACCUCCAGCAUGGGUUUCUCCUUACAUGAGCGCGGGGCACCCCGGCAGCAGCGUCUCAUACAGAGGGACCUCUCCAGAGAGGAUGCAGUGCAGUUGAUAAGUGGGGUGAUGGUGGAUCGUAAGAUGAGUCUGGAAAAAUCCUUCCGCAGGGGGCUGAGCAAAGCUUACCAGAGCAGCCCAAAUCAGCUGGACUUUUCUGAGCCAGAAUCUGCCCUCACAAUCAUCAACACCUUGGUUUCCGACUAUACAGAAGGAAUGAUUCCUAACUUCCUCCCCUCUGGCGCUCUCACUGAGGAGACACGGCUGGUAUUACUCAAUGCCAUCCACUUCAGGGGCCUCUGGAAGGUGCCCUUCGACCCCCGAAUGACACAGGAAAGACUUUUCCAUUGUGCCAAUGGGAGCUCUGUGCCUGUGCCUAUGAUGCAUAUUACCCAGCGCUUCAACUAUGGUGACUUUGUGACAGAAGAUGGUGUGGAUUAUGAUGUGAUUGAGGUUCCAUAUGAAGGAGAUUCCCUGAGCAUGCUCCUAGUAUCUCCUUUUGAAGAAGAUGUACCACUUUCUGCUCUAACCAAAGGGCUUGGAGGAAAAACCCUGCAGGAGUGGAGAAAUGGCCUGAGAAAAGUUAAUCGGCAGCUGGCAGUACCCAGGUUCACUAUUGAUACACAACUGGACCUGAAGUCCGCACUCACUCAAAUGGGACUGGGCAAUCUCUUCAGCCAGAAGAACGCUGACUUCUCACGCAUCACCACUGAAGAGCAGUUAUGUGUGUCAAAGGUUCUCCAAAGGGUAAAGAUUGAAGUCGAUGAAGAGGGAACUAAAGGCUCUGCAGCCACAGCUGCUAUCAUCUUCUCACGGAUGGCUGUUGAAGAGAUAACCUUAGACCGGCCAUUCCUCUUCCUUAUCCAACACAAACCCACAGGUGCUGUUCUGUUUAUGGGUCAAGUGAACCAACCUCAGCAACACUAGGCCACAAUCUCAAAAUGAAGACCAGACUUGGGAGGCACAUCUGUCUGUGAGACUACCACAAAAAUCUAAUUUCAGAUUGUUAACCAUCUGUAGUGACUACCUGUGGAGUGUGUACAGUUCUAUAGGUCAUUUUUCCAUCUAGGUAAUUUUCUCUAUCCAUCAUUAAUUAAUUUUUACACAAGACAGUUAAUUUGGUCAUAUGUUUUAUGCCUGUUCGCCAUCAGAGACCUGCAAUUUAGAGACCAACAGCUGUAAUGGUUCCAUUAAUCUUUUAGACAAUAUAAAUACCAUAGUCAUAUGUCACCAUUUAGAAAAUAUAAAACUAUAGUAAGUUUUAAAGAAAGCAUAGUUACCAGUGGAGAACUGAUUAGUUUAAGUGCAUCCUUUCAUUUAUUCAAGGGGAGAGCAUAUAGACCUAUUUUCAUAAGCAGAGAGCUAUUUGUCUUGUGUAUUUUGUUGAUGUUUUGUAUCAAGGCAUGAUAUGACGAGGAUUAUUUUAUAUUUAAGAGACUGAACUCAUGAAGAAGAAGGAUUCUGAAACAAUGCACUGUAAGUAGGUGUAAGACUAGGUUUGAUAUUCUAUGGAACCAAUAAUCAGGACUGACAGGGGGUGUGGUUUCGACAAGAGACUUUGCAUACCGAAACAAAAACCAACAGUUUUUGUGUCCGUCUGUUCGUGAAAAUAUGAAAUAUUUCCAAGAACUACUUUCAUUUAUGUUGUAAAUUCUAAGCUUGAAAAGAACCUUUCGAAACCUGCUUAUUCAAGGAGAUAGAACCUGAAGAAAAAAUGAGAUGUAUGUAUUUUUUCAUUUUGUUGUUGAUAAUUUGUGUUUAUUUUCAUACUGGUUCUUGUUGAAAUGUUUUUAAAAUGUUAUAUUUUAUAUAUAUUUAUAUAUUUAUUGAAACUGGAAAUAAAGUUACUAUACAUUUUAUACGUA